CGGCUGGGUUUGUUUUGGUUGUCGAGGGUAGCAACGAUUUGGGGUAGCUAGAGUUGGCACAAGCAGCACACGAAAAUGUCUGCAACAGAAGAUGACACAGAACUUCGGGAUCUUUUGAUCCAAAACCUAGAAAACAAUGGGGUACUAAACAAACUAAAGGCAGAGAUGCGAGCGGCAGUCUUUCUGGCAAUGGAUGAGCAAGAUAAAGUUGAGAAUAAAACCCCACUUGUCAAUGAAAACCUGAAGAAGUGUUUGAAUACAAAAGAUGGACGCCUGGUUGCCAGUCUUAUCAUUGACUUUCUGCAGGUCUUUCACCUCGACUUUACACUUGCUGUAUUCCAGCCAGAGAUAAACUCACUUAGUGGACUAGACAGUCGUGAGCAGGUGACUUGUGAAUUAGGCAUCCAAGAAACAGACAUCAACAGGAAUACACCGCUGCUGCUGGAGUUGAUAAAGAGAGGCAGACUCAAGGACAAGUCUUCCAUCUUCUCAGAGGGGGACCAAGCCACAAACAUUCCCAAGGAGCUAUCACCAAGGCAAAUUGCAGAGGCCCGAAAGAAAUUUGAUAUGUAUGAUAAGGACAGAACUGUCGGGAUUAGUAAGGAGGAUUUGAAAGCUGUAUUUGGAGAUUUAUUUCCAAACUUCAACAAAAACAUGCUGGAGAGAUUUGUCUCAGAUGAACUCCAUGGGAUAGACAAAGCCCCUGCUAAAUCUGUUGACUUCCAGGAGUUCCUGGGAUUAUACAAGCGUCUCUUCAAUCAGUGCAGAAGUGUGGUCACUCAUGAGGGCGGUGAUGUUGUUCACCUUCCAAACCGUCUUAACGAGGAGAAAAUGUCCACUGUGCCAGCUAGUAAGAUCCCCAGGUUGAGAGGACCUAAGCACAGUGGACAUGAGAGGAUGGCUGUUGCCAAGGGGCUGGGGGGGUGCCACAGUGACACCAGCCUGGUCUCCGGCUCCCUGAAGGUCAGAGGUCAAGCCCACGUCGCAUCAAGACACGAUGGCGAGGCGUCCGGAGAUAACGGGAUGCCAGUCCCUGCUGACCUGGAACUGGGGCUGGAGGUGGAGGAGGACGGCGACGAGGGCGACUCCUUCUUCGAUGACCCCCUGCCCAAGCCCCAGAAAACCUACGGCUGCCUCCGCCCCGUGAGAGGGGAGAGCCUCAGAGGCCGAUCCUUCCCCCUCAUCAGGAGGGGCGCUAGCCUCAACGACCUGUCUGCUCUGGGCAGUGACACAGAGGGUGAUGUGGAAGAGCCCUUAAAUGACCAUGAUCAUAAUCAGAGCUCUGUGCACAGGAGGGCUGGAGGAAGCCCGCCGGCCUCCCUGUCGGACGCGCCUCCCCAGAAGAGCGCCGGGGGGGCUCUGUGUGGGGAGGCCGGACACAGAGACCUCUCCGGAAGCAGGAGCGCUACUUCCAACUCCAAAGAAAAAGGAUUGAAAGACUUGAGGACUAUGAACGACAAAACCGGAUCGCUCGUUCUUGAUGAUGAUGUUGACUAUGACGAUGACUUCAACAGCCACCGAUCAGAUAUUUCUAAGAGUGAGGUCAGCAUUGGUGAAGAGAUCGAGGAAGUCUCCAUUGAGGGACCAGACAACAGCGAUAAGGUAGUUUGUACACCAAAACAACUUGGCACCACUUUGAAUGUGUGUGUCUGUUUAGAUAGUGAGGAGUCGGCCUUCAGGUAUUCAAACAGGAAGUGAAAACACCAGUCCAUGAACAGAUAACAUAGAGAUCCUGUUUGUAUGUAGAAAAAGAGCAGAAAUGGGUUAACAGACUCCUGUUGAAGUGUUGUUUACACCCGUGUUACUUAUUCAGGAGCUGCUGAACAGAAGAACAGUACUAGUACCAAUGGUGAACUCCAGUGUAUCCAUUUGUACUUGUAUUUUUACAAAUAAAAAAAAAUAUAUCGUUAGUUUUGCCUUUAUCACAUGGCUUCUCAUGCCACCCUCUCUCCUCCUCUGUUUUAAUCUUCUAAUCUCUCGUCUCCCAGUUUGAUGACCGCACCCAAGACGUGACUGUUUCCCAGAUCAGUCAGGCUGCCGACUACAUCGAGGAGGUGGCCUAACCUGCUGUCCUUAACACACACACACACAUCUCUACAGCAGCAUUACACUGCACCCCCUGUUUCUAACUAUUUAUGUCUGUACAGUUGGUGCUCAUGGACCUAAUAAAAUAAUUAACCUUUGUUUAA